AUGUCUCAUCUCGAAGCUUCGCAGCUGUUCUCCGUGAAGGACCGGGUCGUUGUUGUGACAGGUGCUGGAAGUGGGCUGGGACGCUCAAUGGCACGCGCUCUGGAUAUCAAUGGUGCUGCAAAGGUCUUCAUCAUCGGUCGACGUGAAGAUGCAUUGAAAGAGACCGCGGCCCUGGGACCAAACGGCUCCAUCGUUCCUAUUGUAGGCGAUGUCUCGUCCAAGGAGUCCUUGGAGUCUGCCUAUAAGUCUGUCGCUGCACAGACGGAUCAUGUCGAUGUGCUGUUCGCAAAUAGUGGUAUCAUGGGCCCCAACAUACGCCCUCCUACAAAGCCGGACGGUUCCCUCCCAAGUCUAUCUGAGGUUCGCGACGAGCUGUGGUCAACUCCGAUGAGUGAUUUCCAAAAGGUGUUCGACAUCAACGUCACAGGGGCGUAUUAUACAGUUAUUGCGUUUUUGCCUUUGCUUGAAGCUUCGAACAAGAAGCGACCUCCCCCCGUUCCCAACACACUCUCUCCGCCAUCGGCACAAGUUAUUAUCACCAGCUCUAUUGCUGGCUUCGGCCGUCAGGUCCCCUUUAGCUUUGCGUACAGCCUUUCAAAGUCUACCACUAAUCACUUGGUUAAGAUGCUUGCGACGGUUCUCUCUCCGUAUCAUAUCCGAGUGAAUGGAAUCGCACCAGGUUUGUAUCAAUCAGAUAUGUCCCAGGCAGCCUUUGAUGCCCGUGGUGUUCAGACAUCGGGAACCUCAGAAGGCUCGUUUCCCCGCGAGAUGAUUCCUCUUACCAGGGCCGGAAGCGAGGAAGAUAUCUCAGGCCUUAUCCUCUGGAUGGCCAGUGCUUCUGGUGGCUACCUCAAUGGUACCAUCAUCAUUACUGAUGGUGGCCGGGUGAGUGCUAUGCCUUCUGCAUACUAG